GCGGCAGCAGCCACCAGAGAGCCAGUGUGAGCAGCAGGCAGGGGGAUUAUUAGGAAACAAAAGAGAGAGGAGGAGGAGAGAAAGCGAGGAAACAAGUCUGAGGCUGCACUCAGCAGCACUCUUCUCUCACACACAUACACAUCUCGCUCUCGCUCCUUUCUUUCCUCCUCAGCCCUUCUUCUUCCCCUCUACCUCCACACACCCCUUCCCUCCCCAUCACUCUGCACCCUCCCCUCUUCUCUGUGUUUCUCAGUCCCAGCCAUCUUGCUUUAUUUUCUGCUUGCUACCUCUCCGCUUCCCUCCCUCCUUUAUCUUUCUCUCAUUCCCCAAUCCUUCUCUAUCACCCCCUUCUCCUUUUCCCUGCACACUUUUCUUGCCACCCCCACCGUCCUGCACUCCUCCCCCUCUUUUCGCUCUCUCUUUCUCUCCCUCUCUCCAUCCCUUUCCUCCCCCUCCUGGCUUCUCUUUUAUUUAUUUAUUUUGCCUUGCUCUUCUCUGUCUCUGUUUCCCCUCUUACUUGUAUUGCUGUGUCUGUAUUUUUUGGAGGUGCACCAGGGGGCUCCCCUUUUGCAGUGCUUGCAGUGCAGGUAGUGGGGUCCCCCCCUCACUCCCCUCUUUCCCCAGCCUGUGGCCCCCCUUUACUCUCAGCUUGCUGCAGCCCACAAACAUGAUGGCGGCAGCUCCCAUCCAGCAAAAUGGGACCCACAGUGGGGUCCCCAUAGACCUAGACCCCCCAGACUCAAGAAAAAGACCCCUGGAAGCCCCACCGGAGGCUGGGAGCACGAAGAGGACCAACACUGGAGAAGACGGCCAGUUUUUCCUAAAGGUCCUCAUUCCUAGUUACGCAGCAGGAUCUAUCAUAGGAAAGGGUGGCCAGACCAUCGUCCAGCUACAGAAAGAGACGGGAGCCACAAUCAAGCUGUCCAAAUCCAAAGAUUUUUAUCCAGGUACCACAGAGCGGGUCUGUCUGAUCCAAGGCACUGUAGAAGCUCUCAAUGCUGUCCAUGGCUUCAUUGCAGAGAAAAUUCGAGAAAUGCCACAGAAUGUGGCUAAAACUGAACCAGUCAGCAUCCUGCAACCACAGACUACGGUUAAUCCAGACCGUAUCAAACAAACAUUGUCAUCAUUACCACCAGCCACCAAGUCCUCUCCAUCCGACCCCAUGACCAUCUCCAGAGCCAGCCAGGUGAAGAUCAUCGUUCCCAACAGCACUGCUGGUCUGAUCAUCGGUAAAGGAGGAGCCACUGUGAAGGCAGUAAUGGAACAAUCUGGUGCAUGGGUACAGCUUUCCCAAAAACCAGAUGGCAUUAAUCUGCAAGAACGAGUGGUGACUGUAAGCGGAGAGCCAGAACAAAACCGCAAAGCUGUAGAGCUGAUAGUGCAGAAGAUCCAGGAGGACCCACAAAGUGGCAGCUGUUUGAACAUCAGCUACGCCAAUGUCACCGGACCUGUAGCUAACUCCAAUCCCACAGGAUCUCCAUAUGCCAACACUGCUGAAGUUCUACCUACUGCUGCUGCAGCGGCAGGGCUUUUAGGACAUGCCAACCUUGCUGGGGUGGCAGCCUUUCCUACUGUUCUAUCCGGAUUCACUGGCAAUGAUCUGGUUGCUAUUACAUCAGCUCUUAACACCUUGGCCAGUUAUGGCUACAACCUCAACACUUUAGGGUUGGGACUGAGUCAAGCAGCAGCCACAGGAGCACUAGCAGCUGCUGCUGCAAGCGCUAACCCAGCCGCAGCUGCAGCAGCCAACUUGCUGGCUACAUAUGCCAGUGAAGCAACUGGGGGUGGUGGCACUGCAGGGGGAGCGGCUGGAACGUUUGCACUAGGCAGCUUAGCUGCAGCCACGGCAGCUACCAAUGGAUAUUUUGGGGCAGCAUCCCCACUAGCUGCUAGCGCCAUUUUGGGCACUGAAAAGUCAACAGACGGCUCAAAGGACGUAGUAGAAAUUGCUGUGCCAGAAAAUCUAGUAGGUGCCAUUCUUGGCAAAGGUGGCAAGACAUUAGUAGAAUAUCAAGAGUUGACUGGCGCCAGGAUACAGAUUUCCAAAAAAGGGGAGUUUGUCCCCGGUACCAGAAACCGUAAGGUAACCAUAACAGGCACACCAGCCGCCACACAAGCUGCCCAGUAUCUAAUCACGCAACGAGUCACUUAUGAGCAAGGUGUUCGGGCAGCCAACCCACAGAAAGUGGGUUAAUUUGCCCCCCCCACCCCCACUUCCGUCCUUUUUCCUUUCCCAGGAUGUUAACUUAAUUGUCCCUCCCUUAUCCCUUCUUCUUUUCAUGGAUGUACUGUAUUUUGCAGGAGCGAUUUAUAUUUUAUUUUUUAUUUGAAUUUUAUUUUUGUUUUGUUAUUGGCAGGGGAAGUGCGCGUCGGGUUAUUAAUAUAUAAUUAUGCAAAUGAACGCAACAGUGUUGACAAAGCGCAUCUGUAAAUAAUACAUGUAUGCGGAUGUUUUAGAGAGGGAAUUUUUUUAGUGUUUUUUAAUUUUUUUUUAAAUUUUUUUUGUUAAUUUGAAGGAUUUUGACAGGUUAUCUCUCUCUUGUUGAGGUUUUAUUGUUUACGCGUCAAAAAGUAAAAGUUUUUGAAGCCUGCCAUUUUACCAGCAUUGUUGUAGUUGAAAAUGAACUGAAUGUAAACAUGAAGUGACGCAUAGGUUUUAAUCUCUGUGAGGGCUGAUGCGUCCAGUAAUGCACUGCAGAGCCACGUGUUGCUGGUCCCUUCAGAAACCCGCACAGUUGUCAGUAUUAGUCCUAAGUGACGCUGUAACUGAACUACUGUUUUGCUGGAAAACAGCAGGGGGGGGUCGGGUGGGUGAGUUACCUAUAAAACAAAAGGGAGUAAAGAAAAUCAAAAGCACUGUCCAACUUCACUCAUGCUUCCUGCCCUGGGGUGGCAGCGUAUGAGGGAAAACAUGUUUUGGAAUAAAAAAAAAGAAAAAAAAUAGUUUUAAAUUAAAACAUAAAAGAGAUAUAUAUAUAUAUAUAUAAUCUAAAAGCAAUAUAGUUGCAAAAAAAGCACUGUAAAAAUAUAUAUUAAAAAUGGUUAAAACUGUGGAAAAAUAACCUUUUUUCGUAAGUUUACAGAUCAGUGUCUUCAUAACAACCUGUAUGACGAUGAAUAUAUCGGCUGGCCAGGAUACAUUUCUAUCAUUUAUGGCUCACUGAUCCCAUCAGAUCUAACUCUUCUGAUAGGUGACGUUUGGUUUUCACAAGAGCUGUGUCUGUUUUCUUCCUCCAUUGGGUUUCCCUCCUGCCCCUUCAUGCUGAAAUCCUUUAAAUCCCCAGUCUCUCACCCCAUCUUGUUUUAAUUACAUUAAUCACCCAUGUUUUUUCCUUCACUAGUUGACCUUAUUUUCAGUCGUUCUCUGGAGAGACAACAAUGUCACACGUUCAGCAACAAUUCACAAUGGCAGUAUGAGUUAACCUAUUACUUGCCAUUGUUCGGGGCUGUGGCAGCUAAAUAUUUGAAGGCAUUCCUCUCUAUCAUACAACCUCCAGCUUUGAUUUUUUUUAUUACAAAUUAAGCUCUAAACAAGGCAGUAAUUGUUUACAAUUAAUGUUAAUGGCUUUCAUUUGAAGUUUGUAGGACUGGGGUUUUAAUUAGACCCCAUAGUACCUGGCCAGCCAUGCACCAGUUGAUCCAUUAACAUCCUCCCCUUUUAGAUGUAGUGCAGUGUUGUGUGCGUAUUGGGGAUUUUCUAAGCCAAACCACGCACACACGCGACAACUUAAAGUGCCAACUGUUAGCUGAUGAGGUUUCAUUAUCUGCAACGACUUAGUGAGGGCGUUGCCUUUUAAAACGCUUCUGAUUGUGUAUAAUUUUAACACUAGCAAUCUCUUAGUGUUGUCAAUGUAGAUUUUACUGUGAACAGUAUCUGUGAUUUUUAGCUGUUUUUGAUCCCUCCGGGGCUAGGCUAUACCAGCCGCCGCAGGCUCCAAUGGUCGUUUACCUGCAUGUUCUUUUUCCGUGGGGCAUCUUUAUGUCGGCUUCAGUCAGUACUUCCCUGCAUGCUUGUUUAGCUGAGGUAGUGUUCAUUUCCGGCGUGUGUCUACCUGUCGCAGCGCAGGUUCCUUCAAGGGCCAUUUUAUUAAUAUUAUUUUUAGAGUAAGCCUUUUUUGUUUUCCAACUUGUCACCUCCUCCAUGUUUCUGAGUGCCAACUAGCCAGAUCAUUAUGUUAACCUCUGCAUUUGGGCCACCAAGCCACAGAAUUGUGGUCGUUCAUAAACCCAGCAUCUUCUCAUGCUAUGCAUGCAGUCGUAAACAAAAACAAAAAAAACCUCAAAAAAAAAUUCAAUGGACAAGACAGUAAUUACAAAAUAGUAAAUAAUAAUACUAAAAAAAAUAAAAAAAAAUAAAAUGCUGGCUACCUCUGGAUCAUCAGGCUGAGAAAUUCCCAAACAACAGUUUUCCUUCCAUCUCAACUUCAAUUCAUUGAUAACGUCCAUCAUAACCAACUCAGUGACAUUUUCCGCUGCUCCUCCUGUGCAACUGAUAACUGAACAAUGAUUGUGAUGUCCUCUCGUCUGGCUUCUCGUCCAGCAUCUCUUUCUGAACUGUGAUCUUUUUUUCUUUUCUUUUUGGUUUACUUUUCAUUAGACUUAAAAAAAAAGACCUUCAUCACCAUGUUAGUUUAACCAGUCAGUAGUGUCCCAUCUGUGGUGGACACUGAAAAAUGUGGAUCUAUUGAGUUUAAAACCUUCUUCUAAUCCGUUUCUUUACCCCAAAACCUUCCUGCCUUAUGCCUGUGCAGUUUUUGUUCACAGUUUUGAGCCCUACAACUUCUGAGGGGCUAGUGACGCAUCGCUGUAUAUCCUCACAAGCUGCGUCAUAGGCUUCUCAAGCUGGGGGUGAUCCAGCCAUUCCAAUCUGAUGAUCAAGUCAAUUUCUUUAUUUUUUUCUUUUCUUUCUUUACUUCCAUUUUCACGUUCUCUUUGAUUAUAGAAAAAAAUAACAUUUUCAAAAAGAGAAAACUGAUAUAUAUUAAAAAAAGGAAUGAUAUUGCUUGUUUUUAAAAUGGAAAGAGCAAAGCUGUCGUACAACUGUGUUUUAAUUGGUAAUGGUUAUUUAUCGUUAAUAGUCUCUGUAGCUCUGUAAGUUUUUAUGACAAUACAGUGUAACUAGUGGUUAGCCGAUGAUGCGAAUAUAUUUACUCAUAUCAUUAUAAAUGUGCUUUGUUCAUCAUGUACCA